AGAAAAAAAAAUUACAAAUAAAUGUCAAAUAACUUAUUCCAUGAACAUUUUAAUAAAUACAUUGGGUUGAAUUUAGUGCAGGCAGUACUUGGGACGCCAAAAGCUACGUAGGCUAGAAAAAAGGACCCCUGUAAGAACAUGAAAGUGGAGCAACUAAUUAAAAGGGUCUGUAGGAUAUGAUUAAGUGGCAUGGAUUUGAGUCAUCAUGGAUGAAAACAAUGGAAAUGGGGAGGUGGACUAUUUGCUGCAAGUUGAAGACUCAAUCAUAGAAGGAGUCAGCAACCCGGUCUUGUUUGUGGUCGUUCUCAGUGUCACGUUCCUGUGUGGACUGGUAACUCUGCUCUGCAGGUAGGCCUAUUCUACUUCUAUUCUCAGUGUCACGUUCCUGUGUGGACUGGUAACUCUGCUCUGCAGGUAGGCCUAUUCUACUUCUAUUCUCAGUGUCACGUUCCUGUGUGGACUGGUAACUCUGCUCUGCAGGUAGGCCUAUUCUACUUCUAUUCUCAGUGUCACGUUCCUGUGUGGACUGGUAACUCUGCUCUGCAGGUAGGCCUAUUCUACUUCUAUUCUCAGUGUCACGUUCCUGUGUGGACUGGUAACUCUGCUCUGCAGGUAGGCCUAUUCUACUUCUAUUCUCAGUGUCACGUUCCUGUGUGGACUGGUAACUCUGCUCUGCAGAAAUGAGCAGCAGAACAUCCACCCAGAGAACCAGGAACAUGUUCGUGCCGUCCGACAGCAGCUGCAGUCUGACUCGCAGGAAGGUGAACCAACAGAGCCCAGGCAGCAGUUCUAUACAGACAUGUCCUGUCCAGUGUGUCUACAGCAGGCCGUGCUGCCUGUGGAAACCAACUGUGGACAUCUCUUCUGUGGUUCUUGUAUAAUUGCAUAUUGGCGAUAUGGGACAUGGCUUGGUGCAAUCAACUGUCCCAUCUGCAGACAGAUGGUGACCCUGCUGUUCCCGCUCUUCCAUGAGCAUGCCGCCCCUCAGCAGGUACAGGAUGGAACAGUUGAACCGCUCCUCAUCCUCCGGGAUCUCGACGACUACAACCGCAGGUUCUCAGGACAACCCAGAUCGCUGAUGGACCGGCUGCGUGACGUCCCCACGUUGCUACGCCACCUCUUCAGGGAGAUGUUCUCCGUAGGGGGCCUGUUCUGGAUGUUCCGGAUCCGUGUCCUGCUGUGUCUGAUCGGGGCUCUGACCUACCUGAUCUCCCCUCUGGACUUCAUCCCCGAGGCUCUGUUCGGUCUGCUCGGCUUCCUGGAUGACUUCUUCAUCAUUCUGCUUCUGUUCAUCUAUAUCUCUAUCAUGUAUAGAGAGGUGGUGACCCAGAGACUGGCAGCGUGAUGGAGAGAGGUGGUGACCCAGAGACUGGCAGCGUGAUGGAGAGAGGUGGUGACCCAGAGACUGGCAGCGUGAUGGAGAGAGGUGGUGACCCAGAGACUGGCAGCGUGAUGGAGAGAGGUGGUGACCCAGAGACUGGCAGCGUGAUGGAGAGAGGUGGUGACCCAGAGACUGGCAGCGUGAUGGAGAGAGGUGGUGACCCAGAGACUGGCAGCGUGAUGGAGAGAGGUGGUGACCCAGAGACUGGCAGCGUGAUGGAGAGAGGUGGUGACCCAGAGACUGGCAGCGUGAUGGAGAGAGGUGGUGACCCAGAGACUGGCAGCGUGAUGACACCCGUUCAGUUCGGCUGCGGGGAAAUGUGAUUGUGAUGCAGGAGCCAGGAGGACAAUAUAUGCCAUGGACAUAGUUACUGAUGAUCUCUUAGCUUCGGGUCAAAGACACAGUGAGAGAGCUCUGUGGCUUUGGACUGGAGUUCCAUCAUGCUGAAGUGUGGGGACUAGUUAACGGGUCUGUUGGCAAAAUGUUUGUUAUUGGCAGGUUGUUAUUUCAUCAGUUGAUGUAAUCCUAUUGAAUAUGCUAAUCUUGAGUGUGUGAGUGUGUGAGUGUGUGAGUGUGUGAGUGUGUGAGUGUGUGAGUGAGUGUGUGAGUGUGUGAGUGAGUGAGACUCUGGGCUGGGACAAUAAACUGAUAAUUACUGA